CAGAGCUGCUGCAGUCAUCAGAAUUGGAUCGUCCCUGUGUCUGUCUGGUUGUGUGUGUUUGUGCUGCAUAGUAAGUGAUCGAUAACAUGCCUUGGAAAGCGAUCUGUGUUGCCCUGUGCUGGACUUUACUGCCACACAUCUCAGCAGAGAGAUACACACUUUACUGGAACAGUUCAAACACCAAACUCCUGCAGGAGGAUUAUACCAUUGAGGUGAAACUCAACGACUACUUGGACAUCAACUGCCCUCACUACCAGGAUCCCAGUCCCUCCCGUUCUGCAGAACGUUAUAUCCUGUACCUCGUGGACCAGGAGGAUUAUCAGUCUUGCAAGCCCAAAUCCAAGGAUCAGGUCCGGUGGGAAUGCCGAAAGCCACACGCCAUUCACGGUCCUGAAAGGUUUUCUGAGAAAUUCCAGCGCUUUACCCCUUUCAGCCUUGGCAAGGAAUUCAAAGAGGGUCACUAUUACUACUAUCUCUCAAAGCCAAUUCAUAAUCACGGAGAACAAUGCCUCAAGCUCAGGAUAUAUGUAUGCUGCAAAAAGAAUCAUAACCCAAGAUUGCGCACGACAGGCCCCAGUCUACCAGCAGAUCAGCCGGAGGCAGAUCUUCCAGACACCCAGAGAAGUACGGGCAGUUCGGCUGCCCUGGUCGCCUCUCGAGGCCUUGCUGUUCUGACGUUGCUGACCCUGUUGGUAGUUUAGGACCUCAUGGCGCAAGACGUC